ACACUCAUUGCUACUUUAUAUUUUUAUUAUCUCAGCUUUCUAAUUUCAUUUUUUCCUCUAAGUUCUUGCUUAUAUUCCCACAAAAAUAGUGUACUCUACAGUCUCCAGUUGAGUUCAUUACUUGUUGCAGCAGUUUUAGCAUUUAAUCUUGUGUCGGUGCUUCAUCUUUGUUACUGUGAAACUUAUUAGCUAUGCUGCGUGCUAAUGGCCGCUCUUCUUCUGAUCAGCACUCCACUUUGAAGUGCAAUGCUCCUCAAGAAGUUGAGUCAAGCUUGGAUCAUCAUCUGCUCAAUGUAUCACCCAGACUCUCCUUUCAGUUCUACUAUUCUUCUGCAGAAUUGUUGAAUGAAAUUAUUACUAUUGAGGAUGAAAUUACUUAUUUGGAACGAUAUCUUCUUUCUCUCUACCGCGAAGCUUUCAAGCAGAGUUCUCAUUCCUUCUCUGGGGAUUCUGAAACUGAUUUACAGAACAAGAUACUAGUAGAACCAAGAAACAUUACUGAUCAAUCAUGCUCGACUCUAAAGUCUAACUUUCCUAAAGAUGUACCUGAUCAUCACCAUUGCAUUUCCUCUGUGCGUGCUUCUACUGAUUCAGAUGAUUGGAAUCGUGUUGGCAUGCUUAAGCCAUCAACUCAAAGGGAUAGGGUGGUUGUUGAGCAUGGCCAUCGAAGUCUUGCAGAUUACCUUGUGGCUUCUCGCCUUGAUAAGAACCUUGACAGACCUGAUAGACUUUCAGAAGACAUUAUCAGAUGCAUAUCUUCUAUUUACAUCAAGCUCGCAGACCCUACUCGAAGUCAAAAAGGGCUUUCAGCUUCUUCUGUUUCAUCACUCUCCUCCUCAAGCGCAUUUUCUCCCAGGUCAGACUCCUGGAGCCCUCAUUUCAGUGAAGAUGCCAGAGGUCGCCAAAUUCAAGGUUUGAAUGAGGAGAGUGACCCAUAUGCUGCAAUGUUUGAAGUUCUUAAGUUAUGUUUGGACGAUGAUAGUUUUAACUACGCUGCUAGAGUGCUUCAAAAUUUCAGGCUACUGAUCAACAAUCUCGAGAAGGUUGAUACAAUGAAGAUGACACAUAAAGAGAAGCUUGCAUUCUGGAUAAACAUUCACAACGCUUUGGUUAUGCAUGCACAUUUAGCCUAUGGAGCAUCAAACCAUGUGAAAAGUACUUCAAUUUUGAAGGCAGCUUAUAAUGUUAGUGGACACUGCAUAAAUGCAGACAUUAUACAAAGCUCUAUUCUCGGAAUAAGAUCACACUUUUCAGCACCGCAGUGGCUAGAUACACUACUGUCUCCGGGAAAGAAGUUUAAACCAGCAAGGACCAGGCAUAAAUUUGCCAUCGAUCAUGCUGAGCCACUUGUUCAUUUUGCACUCGCUUCAGGAGUAUACUCUGAUCCUGCGGUUAGAGUAUACACUGCAAAUACGAUAUCAGAGGAUCUAAAAGUUGCUCAGAAAGAGUUCAUACAGGCUAGUGUGUCCAUGAGUAAGGAAACAAAGAUAUGUCUGCCAAAAAUCCUCGACUACUUUGCAAAGGACAUGGCACUAACCAUGCAGGCUCUUCUGGAGAUAGUUUAUGCGUGUCUAUCAGAAGUUCAACGGAAAUCUAUGGUAAGAUGCAUUCGCGGUAGGCCUGACAAGUUCAUCAGUUGGUUGCCACAGAGUUCAACAUUUCGAUAUGUGAUUGACAGAGAAGUUUCAAGAAAGAGAUAAAUGUUGGUUUGAUAAAUUAAGUUUUUGUAUUUAUAAGAAAUUAAGAAUUAUAGUAAAGCUUGUUGAAAGAAUGACUGAUUUGGGAGCGAUGUGAAACAAUGUACAGCAGUCUUGGGAGAAAGAUGUGAAUAGAGGAAGAGUGAUUCUUGAAAAAUAUUAUUUCAGUUUGUGGCUUCGAUAUUUGUUUGUUCUUUUUA